AUGUCCCAAGAGGAGCGAUCAUCAGAGGAAUCGCGAGGACGAGGCUCGCGGCAGGCGCGAGGGGCACAGCUGCGGACCAGGAUCCACAAGAGCGGCCUCGAGGUCGGCUCGCCGGCGAGGAGGGCUGGCAGUGGAGCAAUGUGGGCGCGUGCGCGAUCGGCCCAGAGCCCGCUGCCUCGUCGAGCCUCAAGUGGCGCUGCCGGCGACAGGUCGCGGAUGGAGCGAGCGGACGACGACGACGACGACGAUGACCAUGCUUUGGGCGGCAGUGACACCGAGCAGUUGUUUCUGUCGACGAAUGGCAUGCUCAGUGUCCUCUCAAGCCUUUUUUCUGUCCGCCCCAGCCUGCCCGAACCCCCCGCAGGUGAACCUUUUGAUGCGGAUAGCAAUCUCAGUGCCAGCUCGUGUGCCUCAGUGACCCACGGUGGCGCGCUCGCAUGA